AUGUCCGAAUCGCCCGACUCCGAGCGGUCCUCUCAGGGUGAGAAGCUUCAGAUCCGACUGGUGCCUUACUCGCCGCCCCGACUCAGCGGCGGCUCCGAGCUUUUCAACCCUGAGCCUUCUCUCUCCUCGAGGCAGGACAAUGUCGAGGUUCACGCCGCCGACGAAUCGCCAAGGACCUCGAGUCCUCCGCCUUCAAUCUCGACCGUCGUUGGUCCGUCUCGCUCCUCGACGGGCAAGCGUCGCAGUUCAAGCAUUGGCGCUAGCAAGGUCCUCGAAAGCGCAUCAUCGUCUGUCGAGGCCCUCGAGCCCUCGCGGUCAAGGAACCGAUCACAAUCUCUGUCACAGUCCCUCAGAACCCUGACAUCUCCGCCGUCGCCAGAAAUCCAACCUGCAGCCCCUACAACUCAACGUCGCCCCAAGAGAUUCAUCGACAUCAACCUGAAUUCUGACAACAAGACCUUCUCGCUCGUCCCCUUGACCUCUCGAGCCUCCCGCACCGACUCAUUUGUGUCAGCUCGCACCGAUUCGAACCCCCAUUUCUCUGUCGCUUCCAGUGCUUCCUAUCGGCAACAGUCUUCAAGCAUCUUUAGUGAGGACCGCCCCAGCUCCCCUUUGACGACCCUGGCCGAAGACAGCACGUCCGUGACCGCGUCCUUUACCCCCUCCAUCCCUGAAGAAGACUCCGAUUCCGCCUCACCAUGGGACUAUCGCCUGGUUGGUGGACUGCGCAAGGUUGACAGCCAACUGAGCGAUGUCACAGAUACCACUCCUACCCGCCUGCCUUCAUUCCUGGAAGAAGAACAACAACAACAACCCGACCUCUCGAGCAAGAUUGCGAUCCCCGAGGAGCCUAUCAUUGCGUUCCCUCUCACCACCAAGCGAUCAUUCUCGUCUGGCAAGACUGGCAACACGGUAUCAGAUCGCACCAACUACAAGACGUAUGCGCAAAGCUCUUCCGGCCCGGACACUGUUCGCGGCUCCAUGGCAUCGGAUUUUGACACCUCUUCGCUCUUCCCCACCGGCUCCAACUACGUCGUUUACGAUGGCGCAUCAGCUUCUGAUGAACCGUCGCGGCCGCAAUCAGACUCGGAACAGAGGGAAGCCCCCAACUACAUCGUCCACGGACACCGACGUACGCAGUCUGACGGGACGGAUAUCUCCCAUGCGCAGUCCGAGUAUUCGAGAGAUAGCAUGGUCGUUGCUCCUUUACGGCCCAUGCGGUCAGGUCGUCUCUACUCCAACUCGACGAUUGUGAGCGCCAGAUCGCUUGAGCACCUGAGGACCGGCUCUUUGACGUCCAUGUCCAGCGCCAGAGUCCAUCAAGAUGCGGAUCCCAACGCGCCAAUUGGUAUGUCUACGCAGGUGGAUUUGGAAGGACGGCACUCACGGAACCAAUCAGGCUCUGGACAAGGCAUUCACCGCAGGAGUCCUUCUCGAACACAGCCGUGGGGCACCGCCCUGUCUACGGUCCUUUCGGAGAGCGAACGGAGCGACCCGUCGACGCGAUCCAUCUCUCGACUGUCUGGCAAUGCUCGUAGCAGCGUCUUCACGCUCAACCAGCUUCGACAGACGGGAAGCUUCUCCACGUUUGGACUCGAGGAGGCCCUGGCCAUGGCAUCUCGUUCUCGGAGCGGCUCUGUGGAUCGGCCUCAGCCAGUCCACGGCAGAGAAACGCCUUAUUCCACUGCUCGUCUAGUGCGCGACCAUGACGAGGACGGCGAUGGCCUUGCGGAUCUGGAGAGCAUGAACCGCCUUCCCUCUCGCGCCCGAGGUCUCAGCAUGGUCUCCAACCACUCGGGAGACAGAAACCUCCGCUCCUCAAGCAGUUCCCGAAACAACAGCAUAAGCUACGCGGCCAUUCCGGCAUGGGCACGGGUCUAUUACGGAAGUGGAGAGCGGCGCUUUCUCGCAGCGCAGCCUUCCAACGAGUCCAUGUUUUCGCAAUUCACCAGCAGCUUACACCGAGAUUCGUCCCAUAGCCGCUCGCCAAGUUAUGAGCAGCACACCCCUCCCGAGAUUGUCAAUCCCCGUCGCCGACCCCACGAAAUCUACAGGCGAGCAAGCGAAUCCGACUCGAUGGACAUCAGGCCGGUGCCUCAACCCGAGCCCUACAUGCCCGUCGACUCUGGCGUCAAGAAGAAAACGUCGAGCGUCUGGUCGCCGCAUCUGCAACACGACAGACGAGCUAGCCGCUAUAGCAUCUGGUCGCCUCCUUCGUUGUCUGAAUCUGCUGAUUUUGGACUCUGGCGACGGAACAUUCAGCUCGUGCUGUUUAUUAUUGGGUUCAUCUGCCCAUUGGCGUGGAUGCUUGGCGCUGUUCUGCCGAUUCCUCCUAAGCCGGAGCGGGUCAUGACGGAGCGAAUCUACAUCACCGGCCAUCUCGACAUUCGAAUGGAGGCGCGACACCAGAGGCAGUACAUCCACGCGGAGCGCCUGCACGAGCGGCUCAAGUGGUGGAGAAGCGUCAACCGGCGCAUGUCCAUCAUUGGCGGCAUCAUCCUCAGUCUCGCCGUCAUCCUCAUUGCCGUGGGCGCGAAGCAGCAGUGGCAUUGA